UAGGUAUGCGAAGACGGUGUUGGUUCACAGGAGCAAUGGUGUGCGCUUUGUUUGCUCAAGCUAUGUCUUCUCUUCUAUUCGAGAAUAAACAUAAGAGGCUGUUGUCUUCGAUGAACGAGGAAGACGAGGGAUUAGCUAACUCAUACCCCACAUCAGUUUCUUAUUCAGUGUUUCUGAGUGCUCUCAGUGGUUUACAAAGAACUACUCAAAGGAAGAGGACGGCAAUGGGAAUGGAUCUGACUGACUACUUAUGGAGUAAAGCCCAUGAAAAAAAUCGCGCUCUGGUGCUUCAAAGAAUGUUGAAGAACGGGAAAAGAUGAAUGUCUCUGAAUCUAGUAGAUGGUUUAAAGAGGAAGAAUUGGAUUUCAUCAUAGGAUUGAAUAAUAAAAAAAGAAGAAAAAUUAUGCUUUAAAACUUUAUGGAAAAUGCUUAUUCAGUUUUAUUAUGGACUAUAGAUUUUGUAGAUCCUAUUCAUUCUUACUUUAACGUUAUUCAAAAAAGCAGAUAAAUGUAUUUAAAAGGGCUGGCUUCGUGAAAUUACUUGUAAAAGUUGCACUGCUUUAUUUAAAAAUUAUUCCUAAUUACGUGUAUUAUUAUUGAUUUAAUUAGUAAUUAAUA